ACUUCUCUCUUCAUAUUAUUUAAUCUUUCUAAAAGUUCACUACAACCAGCUUGGUUUUGUCACAGUGAUCAUAUUGACCAGCAAAGCGAGUUCAACAAUAGGAUCGAGAAGCAACUCGAAAAACUUGAAAGCGUGUUAGGUUUGCAAACAGACAUCGCCAUCCACCAAGCAGAACAAAGCAAAAUAGUGGCCAAAAGGAUGGACCGCAUAGAAAUAACAAUGUACGAGAUAAAGACGAGUCUCAAAGCGAUCCAACCAAGAAACCAACCUGGUAAGCUCGCAAUGUCUGAAGCCUCCAUUUUGGCGACCCGACCUGAAAAAGGCAAAGCCCCGGCAAGGCCGGAUACAUACCCUCCGGUCAACAGUGUUGUGCUUAGCUAA